CGAUGGGUCUUGAAUACCGCAGAUGAGAUCCACACUGACCGGUACGGUACGCGUCCCUCUCUCACCCUCCUCCGGCCUCUUCCUUUAGUCUUUAGAACCACCCUCACCCACACUCACGCUCGCACCCACACCACCGGCCGGCCGCCCGCGUCUGUCAACCGAAAGCAGCACAGCUCCCCCACGGUCGGUCUACAUCUACUACCCAGUGCGCAGUUUCCCUCCAAAACCACGCGCGUGCGUACGAGUGCCAGUUGAAGCGCGUACGUGAAUGCAGCGGCAGAUCUUCCACAUGGCUACCGCUGUGGCGUGGGCGCCGCUGCUGCUGGUGCUGCUGUCGGCGUCGUUGUCGUCGCGGUGCGCGGGGCAGGCGCUGGUGCCGGGCGUGAUGAUCUUCGGGGACUCGGUGGUGGACGCCGGCAACAACAACCGGCUGGCCACGCUGGUGCGCGCCGACUUCCCGCCCUACGGCCGCGACUUCCCGGCCACCCACGCGCCCACCGGCCGCUUCUGCAACGGCAAGCUCGCCACCGACUACACCGUGGAGAGCCUGGGGCUGAGCUCGUACCCGCCGGCGUACCUCAGCGACGAGGCGCAGAGCGACAACAGGACCCUCCUCCACGGCGCCAACUUCGCCUCCGGCGCCGCCGGCUACCUCGACGCCACCGCCGCGCUCUACGGCGCCAUCUCGCUGGGGCGGCAGCUGGACUACUUCAAGGAGUACCAGUCCAAGGUGGCGGCGGUGGCCGGCGAGAAGCGCGCGGCGGCGCUCACGUCCGGGUCCAUCUACGUGGUGAGCGCCGGGACGAGCGACUACGUGCAGAACUACUACGUGAACGCCAUGCUGGCCGCCGCCUACACCCCGGACCAGUUCGCCGACGCGCUCAUGCAACCCUUCACCGCCUUCGUCGAGAGGCUGUACGGGCUGGGAGCGCGGCGGAUCGGGGUGACGUCGCUGCCGCCCAUGGGGUGCCUGCCGGCGUCCGUCACCCUCUUCGGCGGCGGCGGCGGGGGCGGCUGCGUGGAGCGGCUCAACAACGACUCCCUCACCUUCAACGCCAAGCUGCAGGCGGCGUCGGACGCGGCCAAGAAGCGGCACUCGGACCUCAAGCUCGUCGUCUUCGACAUCUACAACCCGCUGCUCAACCUCGUCGCCGACCCCAUGAGCGCCGGGUUCUUCGAGUCUCGGCGCGCGUGCUGCGGGACGGGGACGAUCGAGACGUCGGUGCUGUGCCACCAGGGGGCGCCGGGGACGUGCGCCAACGCCACCGGCUACGUCUUCUGGGACGGCUUCCACCCCACCGACGCCGCCAACAAGGUGCUCGCCGACGCGCUGCUCCUCCAGGGGCUGCAGCUCAUCUCCUAGCUAGCUGCUCCAUCAGUCCUUCCUUCCUCGUCGCUCCAAUGGCGCUCAUGCCAUGACUGACACCGCACCGGCCGUCUUGUGCAUGUCUGUCUGUUUACUUCAGAGCUUUUCUUGCUUGUGAUCUCUACUACCGGAUCGUCUCUCCUGCUGUUUUGUUUGCUUUGAACUACUACUAGGUACUACUACUGUGUUUCCGUGCUUUGUGUGAUGUGAAUGUGGUCCGUAAUGUAAUAUAGCGGCACUGAAAACUAGGCUUUUGCUGAUUUUAUUUAGUUAUUAUCCGUGUGGCAUUAUUAUCAA